GAAAAGUAUUGGAAAGCUCGUAAAGAGAGAGAGAGAGAGAGAGAGAGAGAGAGAGAGAGCUCUUAUCGCCUUCAAAGAUGCAAUGCAGCUAACCACCGCUUAACCAACACCACCACCACCAUUAACCUUCUCCAAUGGAGAGAGCCGUGAUUUCCACUUGGAAGCUCCUUCUUCUUCUUACCCUGACUGCCUCUGCUCUCUUCAGCUCCUCCUCUGCUCUCAAGGAAGGGCAGACAUGCGUGUCGAACAGCAACUGCGGGGCGGGGCUGCACUGCGAGACCUGCAUGGCCAAUGGGAAUGUGCGGCCUCGCUGCACUCGAAUUCAGCCCCUCAACCCCAUUUCUCAGGUCAAGGGUUUGCCCUUCAAUCGUUACUCGUGGCUCAUGACUCACAACUCGUAUUCACUGACGGAAGUGAAAUCAGCCACCGGGGCAAUCAUUCUAUCUCCGAGGAACCAGCAAGACUCCGUCACUGAUCAGCUCAAUAAUGGUGUCAGGGGGCUAAUGCUUGAUAUGUACGACUACGAGAAUGGCAUUUGGUUGUGUCACUCCUUCGGUGGUCGUUGCUAUAAUUAUACGGCUUUUCAACCAGCCAUUAACGUUCUCAAGGAAGUUCAAGCGUUUCUGGAAGCGAACCCAUCAGAGAUAGUCACCAUCAUAAUUGAAGAUUAUGUUACCUCUCCCAAGGGAUUGACAAAGGUGUUUGAUGCUGCUGGGCUGCGGAAAUUUUGGUUUCCCGUCUCACGUAUGCCCAAAAACGGUGGGAAUUGGCCCACUGUUGAUGAUAUGAUCCAAAAGAAUCAGCGGCUCCUUGUUUUCACAUCAAAGUCUGCCAAGGAGGCUGCUGAAGGAAUAGCCUACCAGUGGAGAUACAUGGUAGAAAAUCAAUAUGGGGAUGGUGGGAUGCAAGCAGGCCUGUGCCCGAACCGUGGGGAAUCCCCUCCCAUGAAUGCCACAACAAGGUCUCUGGUCCUCAUGAACUACUUCCCUGACCGGCCUGACCUGACCCAAGCUUGCAAAUACAAUUCAGCCCCAUUGAUGAGCAUGGCUAAAACAUGUUACGCAGCAGCAGGAAAAAGAUGGCCCAACUUCAUUGCUGUUGAUUUUUACAAGAGAAGCGAUGGAGGAGGAGCUCCUCAAGCAACAGACAUGGCAAAUGGUCAGCUAAUCUGCGGGUGCGAAAGUAUUAAGUAUUGCAAGGAAAAUAUGACCCAUGGAGUGUGUGAGUUGCCAAAGGCUGGUGGGACAACCCCUUCACCAGCUGCGCGCGAGACCAGCAGCUCUCCCUGUCCUGCUUUCGGCAUCAGUGGUGACCGACAUGGAAAAGCUCAUUUGCUUAUGGUUAUUACAGUUCUGUUGAUUCUUUUGUAGUUCUUCAUACGGAAAACAAAUGGAGGAAAACAUCAAAUUCUUUCUUCUUCUAUUCCACUAAUUCCACAGCAUUCAAUUGAAAUACAUAUUCAUCCAACGGAUGGGUUGGAUCUACUUCCUAAUGUGCAGUAUAACACGUAUCAUAUUGGACAUCA